AAGGUAGUGAACAAAGUAUGUUAAUUUUAAAAGGUGAUGACCAAAACACGUCAAUUCUAGAAGGUAAUAAUCAAAACAUGUCAAUUUCAGAAAGUGAUAUUCAAAGCAUAUUAUUUUUAACAAAUAAUGAAGAGUCUGUCUUAGAUGAUAUCUUAGAAGAUAUUUUAGAAGAAUCUGAAUUUGAAUCUAAAAUAAAUACAGAUUAUCCAAAUGAAGCAUAUGGUGAUUUAAUGGUAUUAGUUAUAAACUAUAAACUUAGUAAUAAGACAGGUAAUGCAAUAAUAAGAUUUUUUAAUAAAUAUGCAAAUCUUAAUACAUCUUCAUUUUAA